AUGGUUGUAAAAGUGUAUGGACCAGCUAGGGCUGUUUGUCCACAAAGGGUCAUGGCUUGCCUUCUGGAGAAAGGAGUGGAAUUUGAUCUUGUACAUGUUGAUCUUGAUUCUGGAGAGCAGAAACAACCUGAUUUCCUCCUCAAACAGCCUUUUGGGCAAGUUCCUGUUGUUGAAGAUGGUGAUUUCAAGCUUUUUGAGUCUAGGGCGAUCAUAAGAUACUAUGCAGCAAAAUACGCAGACCGUGGCCCAAAUCUACUUGGAACAACAUUAGAAGAGAAAGCUCUAGUAGAUCAAUGGCUAGAAAUCGAAGCUCACAAUUUCAAUGAUUUGGUGUUCAACAUAGUCCUUCAAGUUGUAAUCCUGCCAAGAAUGGGGCUGCAAGGUGACUCCAAGUUGGCCAAAACUAACGAGGAAAAGCUAGAGAAAGUGUUGGAUGUGUACGAGGAAAGGUUGUCUAAGCGCAAGUAUCUAGCUGGAGAUAAUUUCAGUCUUGCUGAUUUAAGCCACCUGCCUGCCACUAGAUAUCUGGUCAAUGAAGCUGGAUUAGGGCACUUGGUGAAAGAGAGAGAGAAGGUGAAUGCUUGGUGGGAGAACAUUUCAAGCAGGCCGGCUUGGAAGAAAUUGAUUGAUCUUGCUCAUCACUAG